AUGAAGCCGAAUUACCUUACUCCUGAAUACAAGUACCUUCUUAACGAAAUGGAUGUAUCGCACUUGCACGAUUCGACGUUACGCGUUACGGAGAAGACAGUGAAAGAUAAACCAAGAAAAAUGGCCUCGAUAUACUAUUGUGGGAAACUGUUGCUUGACUUCCAAAUACCCACUAUCCCUGAAGCUCGCGAAAUGGCUAAACAAUGCGGGUGGACAAAAAUUAUCGAUGAAUUUACCUAUUUUAGAUGCAUCCUAGCCGAAUGUCUAGUUGACGUGCAACGCAGGCAAGUUGCCAAGAUAGCGUCGACCGCUUGGAAGAGAGCUCGUGUUGAGAGUCGCCAAAGUUUCGACAUUUCAGAAAAGGGAGAGCCUUGA